AUUAAAUAUCCUCAAGAAAUUGAUAGCUUAAAAUUAAUCUAUAAAUCCACACAUAUUAAUACAAACAUGGGAAUGAUUAAUGAAUUAACUAAUGCUCUGCCAUUUAAAAAUACAAACAAGAAUGGAUUUCUCUCUAAUGAAAUUCUAAUUAAAAAUAUAAAAAUUUUCCAAUCCACCGAAACAUUUACGAUCGACAUAACUUUAUCCCCAUCCAUCGAAUCUUCGCAAAUCAACGUGAAAAUCUUGUCCCAAGUUUGCUCCGUCAAAAUAGCUGAAUCGACUUGGAAAUACACCUAUCCUCAUGCCGUGAAUCUAAGCUCAAGCUCGUAUGCGUUCGACCCCCUCAAACAAUCCCUCAUUAUACACCUCACAAAAGAGCAUCCAUCCAAACUGUGGCCCAUACCAAACGAAUUUCUCCACUCGAGCUCUUCCAGCACCGGAACUGGGUCGCAUUCUCAUUUGCAGAUAUCCAAUACGGAUUCAGGGCCUCGCGGGGAUCAAGGAAAUUCGCCCACCGCAUCUCCCCUUAAAGAUGGGUCAUCGUCAGGCCUCGAUACUGGAACAUUGGAUAAUAAAAUGGAGCUAUCUGACCGAACUUUUUUGACGAUGAUACCCUCAUCACCUCUAAAGUCUGCCCAACACGAUAACGACAAUUUUCGCGCUCAUCCAAACUCCCGCACUUUCGAUAUACCCAGGCUCAAGGUUCAAUGGUAUGAAAGGGAAAAAUGCGUUGGUCUUACGGUCAUCGUCAAAAAUUGCGUUUCCGCCGAUUGGGUGCUCACAAAUAACACUCACGGUUCUUUACCGAUCCUUACAAUUGUCCUGGAGAACUUCAAAUCCCGAAACGAUUUACUCCUUUUCCUCAGUUCUCACCGUAUGCAGAACGCGCUGGAUGAUGACGAAAACUACAAUAAACAGCUGGACGACGCGAUUCGCGCCAAAAGAGACGGUAGCGGCGAUUGCGACGAGAAUCUGGCCUCCUCUACUUUGGGGAGUACUUCUAGGGUCGAUACCCGCGAGAGGUCCAAGUUUAGCUUCAGUGUUCAACUGAAGGGUGUCGUGGUAGCCGAGACCGUGAAGAUGAGCUUCUACAAGGAGAACAUUAAGAUCGACCUCAACAAGGCUCCCCCUAUGCCACUUACCUCCUCGAAUCAUAAUAGUAGUUCUUCAAGUAAUAGAUGUGGCAAUAGCGGUAUAAAUCACCAUUCUUGGGAUCUGAACACCAUUCCACACGAUUUGCUUAAUCAUAUAUAUAAGGACCUAUUCGUCGACGGUUUAGACGACCAUCCAUUACGACAUCAGCAGAAAUUUAAAUCCGCUUCCGAAUGUCUCGGGAAGACGAAAUCCAAAGAUGUUUUCGCGUUUCCAACUUACAAAACGUACGAUAAAGAGUCGAGGAUGUUAUCGAAUAGUCCCAAAGUCUCGGAUGUCAUAGUUUUGCCGGAUGGCACGGAUACCUACUCAUCAUACGACGGGAGGAAAAGCGGAAUGUCUGGCAGAAAUAGGUUGGAUCUCGCUGGUUACUGCGGCCUGAUAAAUUUGGGCAACACCUGCUUCAUGAAUUGUGUCAUACAAAUCUUGGCCAAUACGCCGGCCCUAAGGGACUACUUUCUGACCGGAUCCUUUAAAGGCGAGCUAAACACUGAAAACCCUUUAGGACUGAACGGCGAAUUGGCGUCGGCUUUCGCGGAACUCAUGAAGGACCUAUGGGGCGGAACCAACACGGCGGUAUCUCCUUUCAAAUUAAAGAGUUUGAUAUCCCUGAAAGCGAACCAGUUCUUGGGUUAUUCCCAGCACGACGCCCAGGAAUUUCUGGCUUUCCUAUUGGACGGAUUACACGAGGAUCUAAAUCGUAUCAAGAACAAACCUUACACCGCUCAAAUCGAAACGCGGGGUAGAUCCGACAUGGAAAUCGCCACCGAAACAUGGGACUACUACCUGAAGCGUAACGAUUCUUUCGUGAGCCACCUUUUUCUCGGUCAAUACAAAUCGCUUCUCAUAUGUCCGGAAUGCAAAACGAAAUCGACCACCUUCGAUCCGCUUCUCUACAUGACCCUUCCCUUGCCCGAAAAAAGCCACCCCGUGACGAUUCACUACUUUGACUUAGACUGUAGCAACAUGGCCGAUAGCGAUUCUCCCGUUCCUCUCAAAUACGUGUUUCGUAUGGCUUACGGAUCCAAAUUUCAAGCCGUGGCGGAAAGGAUAGAAGCCCACUCCAAAAAGCCCGCUAAAAAUAUAUCUUUUUUGGAGGUGGAAAAAAGCAAAUUCUGUCGCAAGCUCAACCACAACGACGAGAUAGCUAGCGUUCUCAUGAAUCGAGAAAUAUUGGCCUUCCAGAACUUGCCAAAUCAUUUCCACACGGAUUCUAACACUAGUUGGCACGGGGAAUUCAAGCAAAUACUAGUUAUUCAGAAUUUGCUAGAACAACCUGACUUGAGUCUCAGUCUAACGCCAAAUUAUUCGCCGAUCGAAGAUGUCAUCACUAGUCCGGCUAGCGAGCGUUCCAAAUCUGAUUCCGACGACGAGAUAAAUCAGAUGCAAAGUUGGGGCACCCCGUGUAGCGAAAAGACCGAUAAAAACGCCAGGACAUUCUCCCGCGAAGGGGCGCCAUUCACCGGACCCACUAAGGGUUAUUAUUUUGGUGGCAAUAGUAAUAAUCUGAAGCAAGGUCACACGGCCAGCUUGUCCCACCAGAACGCCGUAACGUUCGAGGACGUGCAAAGAGAUUUCGACGCCAGAGAAGGGGUAUACAACUCAAACAUACACCAGAAAACGGGGAACAACGAAUCCUGCCACGGCGAUAACGCGUCGAACCAUAUGAUCGAACAAGAUGGCGGUGAUUCCCAAUGGCGGAGGCGAAUGAUAGGCAAACCGUUCCUGUUGAACGUUCCCGCCGUGGGCUUAACUUUAUCCCGCCUCAAAAAGAUGGUGUCUAAAAUGGCAUGCCUUUCCGUUGGAUUCGAACCAUACCCUCCUUCCCUUGUACUUAACCUGUCUCAAACCUCCUCCUCCUCCUACCGCAAUUACAAUGCCAAUACAACUUCGUCCAAUGCCAGACCGGGCCUUAUGGGAGGCGUGUCUUUGAUAGAACGCAUGGAAACCAAUUUCUUCGAGAAAGCCACCAUUUACAACGACGAUAUAGACGCCACCAAAGACUCCCAAGGUUUCCCGGGGGAAGAACGCCCGGAAUUUGACAGGAGGGAGUUACCGAUUCGAGAUGCGACAGAAACUACUAACGUCAUCGAUGCCAGGGCCCCAACACCCGAUUCAGAAUUCUUUAUAGACUCCUCCAACGAUCCACCCUUCAGGCUCAGGAUCAAAGGAUCGGAUUACAAUUCACGAUCACCAGAGAAGGAUGCCAUUAUAGACGAAGGAACGGUCGAUUUAACCAAGGUUCAUUGCAUCAGCGUGGAAUGGAUGACCCAUUACUACCCGAACGCGGAAAGCGAUGAGCGCGCGUCACGCAAAAGUCAAUUUGGUUCUUACCUGACGCCCUCGAAUCCGGCCCAAAAUUAUAAGAUAUUCGACAAGGAAUUGGAACAAAACUGCCACUUUUGCGAACAGGAUGGAUGUAGUCCGUCUACCCGCGGUAGCAGGGAAUGUUCGGUGCCGUCGAACGACGAAAAUACCCUGCAUAAUUGUCUCAGGCUAUUUUCCAAGAAAGAAGUUUUGACCCCCGAGGAGGCCUGGUAUUGUCCCAAUUGCAAAACGCAUAGACAAGCCGAAAAAACGAUGUCGUUAUGGAAAUUUCCUCGCAUUCUGGUGAUCAUAUUCAAACGGUUUUCUUACGGAAAUCACUAUUGGCGGGAAAAAUUGGAUAAAUUGAUCACGUUCCCCAUCGAAAAUCUCGAUUUGCGAGACGUUUACGAGGGCCCCUCCACUAAGAAGCCCCUGUACGACCUUUACGGAGUCAUCAACCAUCACGGAACACUCCUGGGCGGACAUUACACCUCGUACGCUAGGAUAUUGGGUGAUGGGGGCGUUUCUCCUCCCCUCAACGCCAAACCAUUGGGUUGGAGAUCUUUCGACGAUAGUUUGGUGUCCGACAUUCGCGACGAAAAAUGUCUCAUAAGCUCCGCGUCUUACGUCCUUUUUUACAAAUUGAAAGAAUGAAGGCCAAUCUAAAUAACUUACUUAAAAAUUCCUAAAAAAGAGGAAGAUGCCGUCAUUUUUUGAUGCAAAAAAAUAAAAAACUGUUAUGUUUUUUAUAUUAACAAAACAAACAAUACUUUUCGAAGAUAUUUUUUUUAAAAAACGCUUUUUUUAAAAGUAAAUUUGUUUUUUCCCCCUGGAUGAGAAAUGGAACUUUAUAAAAAGUAUACAUUAUAAUAAAAUUAAUUAAUUAACCACUUCCCCUUACCCGUCCCCUACACACAUACGAAACUUAUAUAAUUAAGUAUAUCAAUUAAAACUAUUACCUAUUUUUUGCAUUUACUAUCAUACCUAUUUAAUUGAUUCUUUCAAACUAACAGUAAUGAAAAUAAUUAAAUAACGCGUUUCAUAUUAUAAGUUAUAUAACUAUAUUAUGAAACUAUUUUAAAAUUAUGAAGACUGUGAUUAAAAUUUUUUAUUUUAUUUUUUUUGAAAAAAUAAUUAAAUAAAAUAUAUAUAUAUAUAUGCUUGUUUAAAAUAAUUAAUGAAUCAAAACAAUUUUUUUUUGUUUUAUAUAUAUAUUGUAAAUAUUUUUAUCAUAUUUUAUAACCAUCC